UUUCGAAGCUUUUUCAUUCACACAUCUUUUUUCAUUUGUUUUGUUGAUAAAGUUUGUUUUUUUUUGUAAUUUCUGAACAACAUGGCCGAUAAUGACCAAAAUAUUAAUAUUUUGGAACAAGAAAUUGAAAAAACAUUGAAAAAUUGUUUUGAAAAAUCGGAAAAACAACCUAAUCGUUCCAGUUUGAUUGCAUCGAUAUUUUAUUUAUCCGUAUUGUUUUUUAUUGGAUUACCAAUAUGGUAUCGUACAACAACACCUGAACGAUGGCCAUUACCAGAUAUAUCAUGGUUAAUGGUACGAUCACAAACAUUGACACAUUGUUAUAAAAUAUCAAUAGUUUGUCUUGAACCAACGGAUAAUUCAUUCGAUAAAAUUGAUCUUCGAAAUUAUCUUGAUGCAAAUUAUCGUACAAGAAUUAGCUUUGAUAAUAGUCUUUCAUUUCGACAAGAAUGGUCAGUACGUUCAGCAUUGAAUGAUGAAUUAUUGGCAUUUGAAUCGGUGAAAAAUCCAAAUUCAUUUGAAUUGAAUAAAUUAGAUCGAUUAUUAUCGGCUAAAAAUAUUCAAUCAAUCAAUUCGAUUAUGUUUUAUAUUCUGCCAAAAAAUAUCCGUACAGAUCGUUUCAUACAUGUUGGUCGAUAUCGAUCAUAUUUUAUUGAUUUAAAUCAUAUGGAUAAUAAUAUUUGUGACCAAUCGGAUCGAAUCGAAUGUUUAGGUGAACAAAUUAAUCGUUAUGUUCAACAAAUUCAAAUGCUUGUUCAACGUUUUUAUUCACAUCAAGCUGGUAAACAAGAACAAAAUAUUGCCUUAUUAAUGGCAAGAGAUUUUGAUUUUUUAUUCGAUAUUAUCUAUGAAGAUGAUUAUAUUGAUACGAAUUUCGAUUUAAAUGAAAGAAAAAAUCAUCAUCGAAAAUGGAUUAAACAAAUUGAUAAAUUAUUGGAACAAUUUUAUACACAUCGUUUUAAUUUUAGUCAAUAUUUUCGUAUAAAUUUUAUUACACAAGUAUUACAUUAUGUAUUUCCACGUGAUAAUUUUAUUCAAUCAAAAUUAUUUAAAUCAACUACAAAUUCAAAUCAGUCAUCAAAUGAAGAACGAUUAUUACCAUUAUCAUCAAUUGAUUCAAUAUUGAAUCGUAUUGAAACAAGUCGUGUUGAACAUGAUAAUGAUAAAAGUUAUCAUGUUGUACUUUAUAUACGAUCAUCUGAAUUACCAUCGAUAAAAUUUUUGAAUGAACAAAAUCAAAAUAAAUCCAACCUCAUUACAACACCAUUUCGUGGAUCAAUACUUAUUGUUAAUAAUGAAAUGGAUCUUUCAAAUGGUUUUCGUCGAUUAAUACGUUCAUUUUUAUAUUUACCUGAUCAAUGUGAUUUACCUGAAGAAUUUUUCACUCAAUUAGAAAUUGAAUCAAUUAUACAUGCAUUAAUACAGAAACAUAUUUAUGAAACAUUAAAAUCAUUAGAAUCGAUUGAAAAAUUAUUGAAUAAAGUAAGCAAUAUGGUUAUUGAAGAAAAAAUUGCUAAUCGUAUUCAUGAUUCAAUGAAAAUGUCAAUGAAUGCUGUUGAUUUAUUGAAUACAAAUAAUGAUGAUAUAAGUGAAGCAUAUGAAACAAGUUGGUCAGCUUAUUCAUAUAGUGAACAAGCAUUUUAUCAUCCAUCAUUAUUAUCAUUACUUUAUUUUCCGGAUGAUCAAAAAUAUGCUAUAUAUUUACCUUUAUUUUUACCAAUAUCCAUACCAUUAUUACAUAAUAUUUUUCAUUUAAUCAAAAUGUUUAAAAAUCGUCAAAAAACAAUUGUUGUUGUUGUUGAUAAAGAUAAACAAGAAUGAUUUUUUUUCUUUGUCAAAGAAAU